AAAGCCCACUACACCCUUGUAAUUAGGUUUCUGCUUUACGGCAGGCCCGGUGGGGAGCGAUUAAUCAUCAUUCGGUCUCAUCUUUCCAAUAUUUCCCCCUUCUCGUGCAUAUUCUGUUUCGAAGAGGCUAUUUCUGUGACUUCAACUCUUCAAGCAACCAUUUUGUCGCUUAGAUUUCUCCAAGUCUCUUCUGCUCUAAGCAUCAAAAUCCUCAGGACCGGCCCUGCUUUACGGCUGCACUCCAACUGUUGCCACCGACCAUGGCUGAACAUGAAGAUCUGAUCGAUGAAAACUUUCCCUUAUUUUCUCACAAACCAAUACAUGGAUCCGUCAAGCCCACAGCCACCACCUUUGCUGAUAACCCUAUUUCCGCCCACCCCCAAUUCGUCAAAGACACAUCAUUGGGUCCUAACACUACUCUUCUCACUUUUGCUGACCUAGGUCUUUCGGAUUGGGCUCUCCAAACCUGCAAAGAACUGGGCAUGAAAAAACCUACACCUGUUCAACAACACUGCAUCCCCCGUAUCCUUUCCGGCGAAGAUGUAUUAGGCUUAGCCCAAACCGGAAGCGGUAAAACAGCUGCCUUCGCCUUGCCUAUUCUCCACAGGCUUGCGGAAGAUCCUUUUGGGGUGUUUUGCCUGGUAGUUACUCCAACCCGUGAGCUGGCAUACCAGCUGGCGGAGCAGUUUCGAGCACUUGGAUCAUGCUUAAAUUUGAGAUGUGCCGUUGUAGUCGGUGGUAUGGAUAUGAUUAGCCAAACGCAGGCCUUGAUGCAACGCCCUCAUGUUGUUAUUGCUACUCCUGGAAGAAUUAAAGUCCUUAUUGACCAGAAUCCUGAUAUUCCUGCUGUCUUUUCUAAGACCAAGUUCUUAGUAUUGGACGAAGCAGAUCGAGUUCUUGAUGUUGGUUUUGAGGAAGAGUUAAGAGUGGUAUUCAAGUGCUUACCAGACAACAGACAGACUUUGUUAUUUUCCGCAACAAUGACAAGCAACCUCCAAUCGCUGCUUGAGGUUUCUGCAAAUAAGGCAUACUUUUAUGAGGCUUACGAAGGCUUUCAAACGGUUGAUACACUCAAACAGCAGUAUGUUUUUAUUCCCAAAAAUGUCAAGGAUGUUUAUCUGCUUCAUGUUUUAUCACGAAUGGAAGAUAUGGAGAUUCGGUCUGCCAUAAUUUUUGUUUCCACAUGCAGGAGUUGUCAUCUUUUGGCUUUAUUGAUGGAAGAGCUUGAUCAGGAAGUCGCAGCAUUGCAUUCUUUCAAAUCACAGUCCUCAAGGCUAUCAGCUCUUCACAGAUUCAAAUCUGGGAAAGUCCCUGUGUUGCUUGCAACUGAUGUUGCCAGUCGGGGUUUGGAUAUUCCUACAGUUGAUCUAGUGAUUAAUUAUGAUAUACCAAGAUAUCCAAGGGACUAUGUUCAUCGUGUUGGACGUACAGCUAGAGCAGGCAGAGGAGGACUUGCAAUAAGUUUCAUCACCCAGAACGAUGUAGAUCUUAUUCAUGAGAUAGAAGCUGAUGUUGGAAAGAAAAUGGAGAAGUUCGAAUGUAAAGAGAAUGAGGUGCUUGAAGAUAUUACAAAGGUGUACAAGGCAAAGCGUGUGGCGACGAUGAAAAUGAUGGAUGAUGGUUUUGAAGAAAAGGCCAAGGCAAGGAAAGCACAGAAAAUGAAGAGUUUGGCAGAAAAAGGAUUGCUGAACAAGAAUGAUAACAAGAGAAGAAAAAGAAAAAGAGACCACAAGCAGCACAGAUAAAUUCAUGUAACUGUUUCUUUCAGAAACCACUGGGAGGGAUUCAUAAAUCCAACUUGUAAUCACCUUCAUUUGUUGGCUGGCACUUGUGUAGAUCCCAGUGAUUUAAAGAAUAUGAUGUAAUUCAAUUAAGAACAGUGUAGAAAUAGCAAGAAACUAAUUAAGAACAUUGGAUC